UACAACAUGGACCGCCUUUGCACGAAGAUCCAGUUGCUCUGCAUAAGUAAACAGUCAGCAAAGGAUUAGGUCUUUUGCAGGACAAUAGCCUUUUCUCAAACAUGCAGCCGAGUAUGAUAUUGAAUGUGCUUGACCUAAAGAGCUUCAUGCUUUUUCUCGUCAUAUUUCUUCUAAUUGUCGACUACCUGAAGAAUCGAAAACCUCCAAACUAUCCCCCGGGGCCAUUGGCACUGCCCUUCGUGGGAAACCUCCUCAGUAUUGACUCCAAACAACCACAUAUUUACCUAACCAAGUUGGCGGAUGUUUAUGGCAAAAUUUUUGCUUUGCGUCUGGGCCGAGAACAAACCGUGUUUGUCACUGGCUAUAAAAUGGUGAAAGAGGCUCUUGUGGUUCAAGCUGAGAACUUUGUGGAUCGUCCCUUUAGCCCAUUGGCUAAUAGAGUCUACCAAGGAGAUGGAGGUCUGUUCCAAAGUAGUGGACAUAAAUGGAGAAGGCAUCGUCGUUUCACGCUGACCACACUCAAAAACUUCGGCCUGGGGAAGAAGACGAUGGAGAAUGCCAUCUCUGAGGAGUGCCGCUACCUUCAGGAGGAGAUGGAGAGCCAAAAAGGUGAUCCAUUUGAUCCAAAAGUUCUUCUCAACAAUGCAGUUUCUAAUAUAAUUUGUCAGAUGGUAUUUGCACAGCGGUACGACUACACUGACGAUACUUUCAAGAGGAUUCUUUAUUUCAUGAACAGAGCAAUAUCCCUAGAAGGAUCAAUAUGGGGCCAGCUAUACGAGGCCUUUCCUGCCAUAAUGAAGUACCUGCCUGGGCAACACAAUGAUAUUUUUAGCAACUAUGGACACGUUCAUGCAUUCAUAAGGAAAGAAGUGGAGAGACACCAGGACAACUUUGACCCAGAGAACCCCAGAGACUACAUUGAUGCCUACAUCACUGAGAUGAAGAGUGGAUCACGUGACCCCACUGAUGGCUUUGAUGAGACCGCUGUGGUUCUAAACUCAAUGGACCUGUUUCUCGCUGGGACUGAAACCACCGCCACCACCCUGCUGUGGGCCCUGAAUCUCCUGAUCAAAUACCCAGAUGUACAGGAGAAGGUGCAAGCAGAGAUUGACCAUGUAGUUGGGCAGUCACGCCAACCCAGUAUGGCUGACCGAGCCAGUAUGCCGUACACCGAGGCUGUGAUCCACGAGAUUCAGAGAAUAGGAAAUAUUGUCCCACUGAAUGGUCUACGGAUGGCAGAGAAGGACACAACUCUGGGAGGAUACUUUAUACCCAAGGGAACAGCUCUGAUGCCCAUGUUGACAUCAGUGCUGUAUGAUAAGUCUGAAUGGGAAACACCAGAGGAAUUCAACCCAGGUCACUUCCUGGACUCUGAGGGCAAGUUCAGGAGACGAGACGCCUUCUUGCCCUUCUCUGCAGGAAAGCGGGUGUGUCUUGGGGAACAGCUGGCCAAGAUGGAGUUGUUUUUGUUUUUUGUGAGCCUGUUUCAGAAAUGUACGUUUUCCACCGAAGAUGGAGUUGAGCUAAGCCUGGAAGGAGAUGUGGGAUUCACACGCAGCCCAUUGCCUUUCAAAAUUUUUGCACAGUCACGCUGACAGAGCAUUGACCUUUUCAAUGCAUUUAAUUUAUGCAACAUUUAGAAAAUUAUACAACACAUCGCAGAUGCUAUAUCAUUAUAUCAUCAUUAUAUUCUUUUUUAGAAAAAGGUCAAACAUCUUCACAAGAAUAAGGGAAAUGCAAAUAUGGUUUACAGUAAUGGUUUGUACUCACUUGUUUUAAUAACAAAAAAUAAUUGUAAUAGUUUCAUCUACAUCUGUAGAAAUGUCCAUAUUAUGUAUAAUUACACUGAUGAAAAAUCCCAUUAAACUUGUUAUCAUUUUCCUGACAA